AUGCAUCUCUCCGCGGCAAUUUCCAUACCGCUCCUAUGGCUAUCAUUCGCGUCCUGCAUCCAGGAGCCCCCAGAAGUUCUGGUGGUUACGGUAGCCACCGAAGAGACCGACGGCUUGAAGCGAUUGUUGAGGUCCGCAUACCAUUACGACAUCCAAAUCCAGGUGUACGGGCUUGGGGAGACGUGGAAUGGUGGUGAUACUCGAGUUGAGCAGGGCGGCGGCCAGAAGAUCAACAUCCUCAAAAAGGAGCUCGAGAAGUUCAAGGAGGACAAGAACCUGUUGAUCCUGUUUGUGGACGCGUACGACGUCGUCUUCAGCAACCCGAUCGAGACGAUUUUGAGGCGGUUUUUGACCAAAUUCCAGGACGCCCGCAUCCUGUUCGGCGCGGAGCCAUACUGCUGGCCGGACGCCAGCCUGGUUGAUCAGUAUCCGCUUGUCGAGUUUGGGAAGAGAUUCCUGAACUCUGGCCUCUACCUCGGCUACGCACCGGAAAUCUACAAACUCUUGACCCUGCAUGAAGUCAAGGAUUCCGAUGAUGAUCAGCUGUACUUCACGAAGGCGUAUCUUGACAAGAAGACGAGGGAUUCGCUCAAAAUCGAGCUGGACACGGCCUCCCGAAUUUUCCAAAAUCUAAAUGGAGCUCAAGAGGAUGUUGAGCUGGAGUUUGACGAUGAGACUGGAGAGGCGACGGCCUACAAUGCGAACUACAACACCCAUCCGGUUGUCAUCCAUGGAAAUGGCCCCUCCAAGCGUCACCUCGACUAUUUGGCGAAUUAUAUUGGCCAGAGAUGGAAUGGACAGACCGGCUGCGGAUUCUGCGGAGAUCGGUCUCAUUUGAAUCUGGAGGAAACCCCGAAAGAAGACUACCCUCUGGUGACGCUGGCCAUCUUCAUCGCCAAGCCGAUCCCUUUCACGGAAGAGUUCUUCCAAGCCAUCUUUGACCUCGACUACCCGAAGGACAAGCUGGCGCUGUACAUCUACAACUCGCAGCCGCAGAACAUCAAAAUGGUGUUCGACAUCUUCGAGAAGGAGGGCCCCGCUUAUUAUACGAAGAAGAUCAGCAACGGGGCUGAUCGGACGGAGCGAGAGGCGAGAGAGAUUGCUAUCCAAUUCCAUCAACAGACCGGCUCGAAGUUCUUCUUCACGAUUGACGCCGAUAUGCGGUCAAUUACGAUACCCAAAUCAUCGCCCCACUCGUUCACCAGCCCGGCAAGGUGUUCGCCAACUUCUGGGGAGCCAUUGCCGCCAAUGGGUACUACGCUCGGAGCGAGGACUACAUGGCCAUUAUUAAAGAUAAGAAAUCGCAAGGGUGUCUGGCAAGCGCCGUUCAUCGGAGCCGCCCUACUGAUGACUACUGAAAAACUCGCCCAGUUUGCCGGCGCGUACAACUACAAAAAGGAGCUCGACCCGGACAUGUCGUUCUGUGCCUAUGCCAGAGAUCACGGCCACUUCAUGUACGUCACCAACGAGGAGCCUUUCGGAUUUCUGAUCGUAGCCGAUGAGUACGCCGAGAUACUUGGUGACGGUCACCUGCAUCCGGAGAUGUGGGAGAUUUUCGAGAAUCGAGAGCUCUGGGAACAGCGCUACCUCCACCCAAAAUACAAAGAAGUCUUCGAAGCGGAUACGGUCCCUCAAGCCUGCCCAGACGUCUACGACUAUCCUCUGAUGAGCGAGAGGUACUGUGCGGAGAUCAUUGAGGAAAUGGAACACUUUGGGAAGUGGAGCGAUGGGACCAAUUUGGACAAACGUCUUCAAGGCGGUUACGAAAAUGUGCCGACCAGGGAUAUCCACAUGAAGCAGAUUGGAUAUGCCAGGCAUUGGCUCUACUUCCUCAACGAGUACGUGCGCCCGAUGCAGGAAAAGGUCUUCACCGGCUACUAUCAAAACCCGGUCCACUCGGAGAUGAUGUUCGUCGUCCGGUACAAGCCGGACGAGCAGGCGUCGCUCCGGCCUCAUCACGAUGCGUCGACCUACAGUGUGGAUAUUGCGCUUAAUAAGAAAGGCGUCGACUACGAGGGCGGCGGCGUGCGGUACCCUCGCUACAAUUGCACCGUACCUGCCGAUGAAGUUGGCUACACGAUGAUGUUCCCGGGCCGCCUGACCCAUUUGCAUGAGGGCCUCCCGACUACGUCUGGCACCAGAUAUAUCCUCGUUUCUUUCAUUAAUCCU